AACCCCAGGAGCCGUCGCGCCCACGCUUCUCCCUCCCCUCUGGAGUCGGAGUGCUGUUUUUGUUGUUGGUGAAAGGUGAGGGAACAGCUGAUCCGUCUGUGGGGAGAGCAUCUGUCUUGAGGGGAAGAUGGAAGAAUCAUCACUAAGCCGGGCACCAUCCCGGGGUGGAGUCAACUUUCUGAAUGUAGCCCGGACCUACAUCCCCAAUACCAAGGUGGAAUGUCACUACACGCUUCCCCCAGGCACCAUGCCUAGUGCCAGUGACUGGAUUGGCAUCUUUAAGGUGGAAGCUGCCUGUGUUCGGGAUUACCACACGUUUGUGUGGUCUUCAGUGCCUGAAAGUACAACGGAUGGUUCCCCCAUCCAUGCCAGUGUCCAGUUCCAAGCCAGCUACCUGCCCAAACCGGGAGCCCAGCUCUACCAAUUCCGCUAUGUGAACCGCCAGGGCCGGGUGUGUGGACAGAGCCCCCCUUUCCAGUUCCGAGAGCCAAGGCCCAUGGAUGAACUCGUGACCCUGGAGGAGGCUGAUGGUGGCUCUGACAUUCUGCUGGUUGUCCCCAAGGCAACUGUACUGCAGAACCAACUGGAUGAGAGCCAGCAAGAACGGAAUGACCUGAUGCAGCUGAAGCUACAGCUGGAGGGACAGGUGACAGAACUGAGGAGCCACGUGCAGGAGCUUGAGACGGCUCUGGCAACUGCCAGGCAGGAACAUGCAGAGCUGAUGGAGCAGUACAAGGGAAUUUCCCGGUCCCAUGGGGAGCUCACAGAAGAGAGGGACAUCCUGAGCCGGCAACAGGGAGACCACGUGGCCCGCAUCCUAGAACUGGAGGAUGACAUCCAGACCAUCAGUGAGAAAGUGCUGACAAAAGAAGUGGAGCUGGACAGGGUUAGAGACACAGUGAAGGCCUUGACUCGGGAACAAGAGAAGCUCCUUGGGCAACUGCAGGAAGUACAAGCAGACAAGGAACAAAGCCAGACUGAGCUCCAGCUGGCACAGCAGGAGAACCGUCACUUAAAUUUGGAGCUGCAGGAGGCCAAGGGCCGGCAAGAGGAGCUGGGGGCUCAGGUCCAGCGACUGAAGGACAAGGUGGCCCAGAUGAAGGACACACUAGGCCAAACCCAGCAGCGGGUGGUUGAACUGGAGCCCCUCAAGGAGCAACUUCGAGGGGCCCAGGAGCUUGCAGCCUCAAGCCAGCAGAAAGCUGCCCUUCUUGGGGAAGAGUUGGCCAGCGCGGCAGGAGCGAGGGACCGCACCAUAGCCGAGCUGCACCGCAGCCGCCUGGAAGUGGCUGAGGUCAACGGCAGACUGGCUGAGCUCAGCUUGCACUUGAAGGAGGAAAAAUGCCAGUGGAGCAGGGAAAGGACAGGACUGCUCCAGAGUGUGGAGGCAGAGAAGGACAAGAUCCUAAAGCUGAGUGCAGAGAUACUUCGAUUGGAGAAGGCCGUUCAGGAGGAGAGGACCCAGAAUCAAGUGUUCAAGACUGAAUUGGCCCGGGAAAAGGAUUCCAGCCUGGUGCAGUUGUCAGAGAGUAAGCGGGAGCUGACCGAGCUGCGGUCAGCCCUGCGUGUGCUCCAGAAGGAAAAGGAGCAGCUACAGGAGGAGAAGCAGGAAUUGCUAGAGUACAUGAGAAAGCUGGAGGCCCGCCUGGAGAAGGUGGCAGAUGAGAAAUGGAAUGAUGCUGCCACAGAGGAUGAAGAGGCCACUGCAGGGCUGAGCUGCCCGGCAGCUCUGACAGACUCAGAGGAUGAGUCCCCAGAAGAUUCAAGGCUCCCUCCCUAUGGCCUGUGUGAGCAUGGGGAUCCCAGCUCUCCUGCUGGGCCACGAGAGGCUUCUGCCCUGGUUGUCAUCAGCCAGCCAGCUCCCAUUGCUCCCCAUCUCUCAGGGCCUGCAGAGGACAGUAGCUCCGGCUCGGAGGCUGAAGAUGAGAAAUCAGUCCUGAUGGCAGCUGUGCAGAGAGGAGGUGAAGAGGCCAGCUUGCUGCUUCCUGAACUAGGCAGUGCCUUCUAUGACAUGGCCAGCAUCAUCCUCCACGGAGCCCAAAUUGCCCUGCAUCCCCUUUCUUCUGUCCCUAUCCCCUCCCCAGCCAUCAGUGGCUUUGCAGUGGGUUCUGUGUCAGAGGCCAGCACUGGGGGCCCUGCCACCCCGCCAUGGAAGGAGUGUCCUAUCUGUAAGGAGCGCUUCCCUGCCGAGAGUGACAAAGAUGCCCUGGAGGACCACAUGGAUGGACACUUCUUUUUCAGUACCCAGGACCCCUUCACCUUUGAGUGAUUCUCUCCCCUCCCUAGCGCACACACAUGCACACUUACAUGCACACACACUCAUGCACAGAUGUACGCUAAAGUCUCAUGCCUAUACUCCACCACUCUGGACUCCACGAUAUUCUGUUUCCUAAGAACCACUUCUGUGUAGCCAGUUUCAUCCCAAGUACUCUAACUUCAUCCUCUCCUCCCUGGCUCUUUGUCCCAGGCAAGUGGCUGAAUUUGCUCCUGAAAGCAGUUUUGGAGGAGCCCCUCCCUAGUGGAAAUAGAGUCAUCCACUUUUAUCCCUGAUUGCUUCUGAUAUUCACACAGCCACCACGCACACACUCACACGCCCUCCUCUCUGAUGCCUGAAGCCAGUUCCUGGGGCACCCCGCCCUCUCUUGUUUGGGCUGGUGUUUUACCUGAGUUUUCUCUGGGUCCUGCAUAGAGGCAGCAUUGCGGACAUCGCAACCUCUUCAGGUCUCUCUUGGUUCCCAGCUUCAUUGGUUUCUCCUUCUGUCCCCCAUCGCCUUCUGCACCCCACCUCAACCUUUUCCAUUAGCCUUAGAUACUAAGUUUGGAGGUUUCUUUAGAGUUUUUAAGGAUUCCUGUACUCUGUCUCCUGCCACUGCCACCACCUCCUCCCCAAACCCCCAUAUCCUCACACGGAAAGAAAUAAUGUAUUUGUGCCUUCUGUGAGGGGUGGGGGGACCAGCGGUCCCAGGUGUCCCCGUUUCCCAGCCCCUCCUCCCUUUCUAGGUCCCCCCCACAGCAAUAAGAGCUUCCCCCAGAUACCCUUCCCCUCCGUCUGUAGUUCGGGCAAUAUAUUUAUAUGAUAUGUGUAA